AACAAUCGACUUGACCUGUUUGACUUUUAUUUCAUUUAACAUGUUCAAGAUAUUCUUCCAUGUUUUGUGGCUGUAAGUUAUAAAGGAGAUUAUAAUGAUUGACAAAUUCUGGAUAGUUCUAAUUGUGAUAAAUAUAAAAUGUGUGAAUGGUAAUGCAAAAUAUGCUCAAGCUUAUCACAUAGAGAGAAAAACCUGGACAGCUGCAUCUGAUGAAUGUGACAGUAAAGAAAUAGAGUUUGACGAAAACGUGUUGAUGAAAACUGACGUGCUGUGGGAUAAGGAAUUCUGGAUUGGCAUGGUCAUUUACCGUGUUACUUCACCAUGGAUUGAAGUUCUUGGUUGCUCUGCGGUGCCAGACGGAGAGGAAGUUAAAAAGAGCCCUUCAAUUGUGUUAUGCCAAAACCAAUGUCAAUCGUAUCAGUUCUUUGGUUACAGUGAGUCAACAGGAAACUGUUUUUGUCAACAUUAUGAAAGUAGCUGGUUCAAUAUAAGUGGUUGCAUAGACAAUAAUGAAUCGAAAUAUUCCUUUAUUUAUAAAGCAUACACUGGGCAUGUUUCUGAUAAUGGCGAUGGGAAAUGUACGACUUUAUUCUGUAGUACAGGUGCCAAUGGAUUGAAAUCAGCUAAUUGUAAUGAUUCUACAGAUUUUGCAAGGACUAGCAGAUGUAAUGAUGGAUCUGAAGGCCAGUGGGCUGACUCGUAUUCAACCAGCAGAAAAAAGUGCCUUGCAAGAUUUCAGCUUUUACUUUCACCUGGAAUGUAUUGCCAGACGAACAAUGCAGUCGAAGGGAUACGUUUCUGGACAAACGUUUUUCGAGCGGAAACCGAAGCUAAGUUCACAAAAGCCGAAGCAGGUACCAAACAACCACUAUACUGUCUAGCAGGCUCAUUUACGGAACAGAAUACAAAAAGAGUGCUUAAUUUGACCAGAAGAGAUUGUUCUGACAAGUUACAUUUUGCGUGCAGAAUUGAUACCUCUUCAACAACAACCGCAAAGCACAGUUUAGUUUCUGUAGAGAUACCAGAGAAAGUUGAAAGCACGAAACUCAUGUCUGCGGUACAAGGUGUCAAGCCUGGUAUCAAUGAUGAGUUUAUUUUUCAUUUAAGUACCACGUUUUGUUUUUGACUUGGUCUUGCUGUUGAAAACUUUUAUUUAUAUGCAAUAUUCAUUUCUAUUCGUAUAUCGAGUAAACUAUGUGUACCAGAAGAAAUAUUUAAUACUCAUUAUCUAGCCAGUACCUUAACGAUAGAAAAAGUAAAAAAUUUCCUGGGUAACAAUGCACACAGACAAAGUGUUGUUUUCAGUCGUUUUCCCUAAAACCCUCCCAGAGCAAUACUUCAUCUAUAUAUCUGAGUGUCACAUUAAAAAACUCGGAAAAUUAGUUUCAUUUUUGAAUUAUAAAUAUCAGAAGUCCUUUAAUAUAUCUAAAACAUGUUCAUAUUAUAUGUAGUUCUGAGUACCAUAUGAAAUUAUUAUUUCCAUGAUAUUAUUUUCUUCAUUAUAUAUAUUGUUAAGAUCAAAAGUUCAGAGUUUACUGUAAAGUCUUCGGUGUAUUUCUUGCUUGAAUCAGAAUGAUUAAUUCCUAAAUACGUAUUUCGGGAUUACAAGCAAGACAUUUGUUUCCAUUAUUAUCAUUAUUUACGAGAAAAAAAACAAUGUAAGCAGAAGAUUAUGUCGAUCUGUCAAUUUAGCAGUUGUAAUAUUCUUGUAGAGUGUAUAAAAUAAAAUGUUUUGAUAUUAUUGUAUAUUAUUACAUUGGUUGCAAUGAAUUACAUUGAUUUCCCAGUUAGAUAAAAACCGAAAAUUCCACAUGUGAAAUAAACGUGGUUAUUUCACUCUCUGACGUCAUACAACAAUAGGCGUUGACAAGACGUCGAUAACGUCGGAUCGAAAUAAAUUGUGAAUGCGUAGAAAAAAUAUAGUUCCUUACAUUUUCUACACUAAAUUCAUAAAAAAGCCACUUGUCAAUGUUAUAAAAAGAAUAACUAAUCAAAGAAUUAAAAUAUCGAAAAAUAUUCAACUCGUGACCGAACAACACUGAUAAUUAACUCAUGCGCUACGCGCAUUCGUGAAUUAAUGUGUUGUUUGGUCACUUGUUGAAUAUUUUUCUCUAUUUUAAUUCUUCGAUUAGUUCUUCUAUAAUUAUUGAAUUAUGAUUUUGUGUAACGAUUUUAUAGAAGAUCUUUCGACAUGAUAACAAACUACAUCUUAUCAAAUCCACCGAUUGUGUAUACCUCAUCACAAUAUUUUUUAUACUAUAUCUGCAGCUGUAAAAAAAAUUGUUCAACGAAAUUAUGGAAGAGGUUAAGAUAAACUGAUAUAUUAGUAGUCUGCGUAUGUACUGUACUCUUAAACGAUUUUUUUGCAUUAUGGUAACAAAAAUAGAUUCAGCACAUGGUAAUCAUCCUUCUGGGUGUUAAUACAUAAGAAGAGACAGACGAAUUUGUGAUUUCAUAAAAACAAAACAAAAACACCUUGUGAUUCAGGUCAAUGAUGAAGAAAAUAUAUACAGAGGCUAAUUGAUAUUUUUACUGUGAAUUCAAAGUUCUUUUGUAAAAAUUUCGAAAUACUAGUAAUGAUUUUGUAUAUCAAAACAAUGAUUGUAAAUAUAUCAACAUUAAACCAUCAAAAGCUAAGAAAUGGCAUAACUCAUACCUAAUUAUUUCAAUAUGGAAUUAACUUAUGCAACUGACUUAAGAUAAGAACAAGGAACUUUCCCAAUGGAAUUUGAAUUUUCUAAACAUCCGGAAUAAAUUCAUAUUGGCUGCAGAUCAGCGUUUGAUAUUUUUGUUUUAAACAGAAUUUGGCGAUUAAGGUUCCUGAGAUAAUCUAUUUAAUAAGAUUUUUUCCCAUUUUGAACAUCUUGCAACCCCAAAAAUAUAGAUCUGCAAUACAACCGUCUUUCUUAAAAUGUUGAGUGAAUGCCAUAUGACACAAAACCAAGAAAUUGCAGAAUAAGGAAGACCCAAACAAUCGUGUAAUCCGUUUUUCAUUUUGCGUUUUACUAUUUCUUUUAUGUAUUUCCAAUUUGAAGAAGAUAAUAGAUGAGCACUAGAUUCAAGGCAAUUAUCUGUCGAUAUAAAACAUUCAUUUAAGGAAUGACUUUAAUAUUUUUUCUGUCUAUGAAAAAAUAACAUCAAAAAUGUGGUGCACACUGAAUAACCCGUUUAAUUACAUUUUAAACCGGCGUAAAUCAUGAAAAAAACGUUGAUGACGUCACGGUCAUAUGACAAAAUUAUGUCUAUGAGAUGAUAAACAAAACACUGUCAGCCAUUCAGAAGACACGUUACAACCAAAAUUAAAUUAUUAACAUAUCAACACAGUACAAUCAAGUUAGAAAAUAAAACUGCAGCAAUAACUGAUAGAACACACCACUAUGUAAACCAAAAGUAAAAACCCCUAAUUUUAUGAACACAUUAUUUUAAACAGAAUAAAGCAUGCGGUGUACAUAUUAUAGUUGCAUAUGAAAUGUUUUAAAAAAUUAUUGAAUUGUAUAACAAUGUUUUUGAUAUUUUCUAAAGGUACAGACUCUUGUACAACUCAAAUCAUAAUUGCCACACAGAAAAUAAAGAAAGAUUCCAGCGGUAGUUUUGAUAUAGGCCCAGUUAUUGGUGGCAUUGUAGCUGCAGUAAUACUUGUAGCUGUUUUGCUUGUGGUGAUUUCAUGCAAAAUAAGGUCAUGUGGAUUUUUCAAAACGACCAGUAUGGAUAAACAAGAAGUUCCAUUUUCAACAGCAGUAUGUGAGCAUUCACAAAAUUUAGAAGUGAGAACAAGUGUGUCAUCGACAUCUAACGAAUCAUAUGGCUUAGCUUCAAUCAAUUCUACCCACACAUAUGCAGUCGUCAACAAAAUAAAAAAAGACGGACUCCAAACAACUGAGCACACUUAUACUGAAACAUCAUACGGUGAAUAUGAUCGAUUAAACGGGGUAUCGAAACGGCGAACAGAUUCAAAGGAAAAUUUAUAUGACAGCAAUGCAGGGAUUCGUAACGAAAAUGAUCCAACUUACGACAGUUCCAACCAUGGAGGAAGAAAGCUUCAAUUUGAUAACGAUGUUUAUGAUCAUACAGACACAGUAUCAACAGACUUAAGUGACUACGGUUAUUCGUCAACUCUCAAAUCAGAAAAUAGAUAUGCACUUGGUGUAUACGAUAAAGCAGUCUAGCGGCAACAGUUUAUUUCCUGAGAAGGGUUACUGGUAAUGCAAUACUGUGGAAUGUGAGCACAAUAAUAUAUUUGAUAUUAUAGAUUUGUUUGUAACCCCAAUUUCAUGAAGUGUCUGAUGUAGGAAUUUUAUAUCUAAUCCAGGUUAAUUGCGCUCUUUUCAUUAAAUAGUCAUCAACCUUACAGUCACCUUAAAUAUUUCAUCAUCAUCAUAACUAUUUUAAAGAAAUUCAGAUAAAAAAUAGAAAAGUGAAUAUUUUCAUUUUUUUAAGUUAUUUGUAGAUAAAUGAUAUAAAUCAUG